GGCUUUUAGGGGAUUUUAGGGGAUUGGGAAGUAGUAGUAGUUAUACUAUACUUAUCAGAAAUAGAUCUCUAGAGUGUCAAUAUAUCAAAAUUACUCAAAGUGAACAUAUAUAUGACAGACAUAUCCUAGCUUUGUAGGUUGUCUUAUUUUAAAUAUUGCUUAUUAUUUAUUCGUUUUUUAUUUUUAUUGAAAAAAAGAGAAUUGUGUCGAGAUGCAGUUCCCCCUGCUACAUCGCAGCACCCAGAUAACGCUGCUGCGGAAGCAGAUCAAGCGAAAGAGCGAGGAGGUGAGACGGCAGAAGCGACGAGCCAGACGCCGCCUGGAGCUGAUGCGCCGCAUCCGGGCUCAGCUCCUGCGUCGCGUCCAAUUCUCCAUUGAAGCCAGGGAGAAGGACGCGGAGCAGGAGCGCCGGGAGCAGGCGCGUCGGUCUCUAAGCGCCUUGCUGCGGAUGUACAGGCGGUGGCUUCGCAGCUGGUCGAGGUCUCUGAGGCUGCAGCGCCAGGAUAUCAUCCAGCAGGAGCAAGUGGAGCUGCAGCUGCAGCAGCGACUGUAUUUGCUGCGAAAGCAGCUCAAGAAACGGAGGAGGCCACAGCACAUGGUGGAUCGGUGCAUCCAACGACUGGCCAAGGCGGUGAGAAAAUGGCAGAAGAGUUCCGACAUUCAUCCCUUCCUCAAGGGUCACGACAACAUCUGGGAGAUGGAGGCGGCGGAGAUCCAGGAGUAUCUGACCCACCUGCACGGGAAGCCACUGAAAUUUCGUCGGAGAGGCGUUAAGGAUGUCGACGAUUACGUCAUUCCGGACUUCACAGUAAGCUACAAGGUCAGAAGGAAGAAGCGACCGCGCCGCCGCAAAUAUCACGAUGACAAGAUUGAGGAUUUUGCAAACUUCUGGAGAAACGAAGUGCUUAAAAAGAGACCCAAGUCAUCGAUUUUCCGUAGAAUGGAGUCACAUCCUCAACUAAGUUCUAAUACUUCAAAAUACUCUAAGAAAACGUACUCUGUUCCGCCAGCGGUAACAUUCAGAUCAAGUUUAAAUGUUUUCAAAAAGGACAGCAAACGUCGUGUGGAUAAAUCCUUUCCAAGAAUCAAAGACAUAGGGAGUAUCCUCGGAGAGAAGCCAUCGAUAGAUAAGCUGAAGUAUUUAUUGGACCAACUGAUGUCGAUGAAUGCCAAGCUCACACCUUGGGCUACGGAAAAAAGGCGAAGGAGUCGACAACCCAAAAGAAAAAAACGGAAACUACCCCAUGCGAUUAGUGUCGACAGUAUAAUGGAACCGAAAACCACAAUCAUACGAAGGAAAGUGAUCCGGCGGAGGAGAAGACGAAGGCCCCGACCGAUAGCCAGUAUGGAGGUCACGAUGGAGGACUUCCAAGACACCUUUCAUUUGGACCACCUAAAGCCGAAACAUAUUAAAAGUGUUGCUCCUGGCGUCGGCCAAGGUCCGAAGAAGAACAAGAAAUCCAAGACGCGAAUAAGGUAUGGUCCGACCCAAGACUUGGACUUGGAAGUCAGCAAGCCAGAUGAUUUGGAAACGGAGCAGCCCCGUAAAAAUUCCAAGGGUAGAAGGUCAAGCUCGAAAAGUAAAGGGAAACGGCAAUCGAAAGAGGAGAAAAGCAGCGACGAUAAAGCCUUAUCGCCAUCAAUAUCGGAUACGGGCACUGAAUAUAUGGCGAGAAAAUUGAGGAAACGACGACGUUAUGUCGAAACCAGUCCGUCGAUUUCGAGCAGAGAACACCAGAGAGAUAGUGUCACGUCGUUUACUGAAUCAGUGAAGGAUAUUAUUAUGACCAAUUAUCCCCGGAUGAGUUUUCGUAGGUCCUUGCCACGACCCCGUCUGUCCACAACCUCAAAACGACCCCGAGUUUCGAAAGGACGUUUGUCUCUAAGCAUUGGCAGAAAAGGACAAGCCGUCAAAGCCAAGCCAUCCAGUCGCCAGAAAGACCCAGAAACUGAUGAAGUUAGCGCUGAUAGCAGUUACAAGAUUGGUCAAAAAAUUGGCAACAGAAUCGGCGAUCAAGUCCGGGGCCAGAUCGGCUACAAGCCGAGCAAGAAGCCACCAGAGGAUUCUGGCAGAAUUCCACCCAUUGACCUAGGAAAAAAUUUUGCCAAAAGCCCAUUGAAAGAGGGGUCCAGAAUAGGAUCCAGAACAGGGUCCAAACAGACACCAAAGGAAUCACCCAAAAGCUCGAUGACGGUUCCAGUGGUUGAGGAUUCUGAGCCAGAGAGCAUUCGGUUCGGUGCACACAAAUUCAACUAUCAAGGAUUGGAAUUAGGGAAAUCGGAGAAAGGCAGCGUCGUCGACCCAUUCGAUGCCAUCGAAAAGUCACUGGGGGAUAUGGAGUUGGAAUCACCCGAGCAGGGCAGAUUCCGUGUGGAGGAAAUGAACACGGAUUUUAAGUUUCGGCGCCUGCAGAGAUUUCUCAAGGAUGUCAUUGAAAAUAACGCCAUCAUGGACUAUGUGCCUGACGUCAAAGAACUUAUGAAUGAAGUGGGCAAGCACCCGAUGUGGAACGCCUUGCAGGAUCACUACAACGAGAUGACCACAAUGGGUAUUAGCAAGGCGGAUAAAAAAAAGGUUCUGGCCGCCAAGUACUUGGAGUAUCUGAAGAGCAUCCUCAAUGAUUUAAGAAUGGCCCGCGUUGCUCCAACCCACCUUUUGCCGCCACGAGAUGCCGACAACAAUGUGAUCGUCAUCCCGGAAAAGGAUCAUAAGUCGAAUCUUCAAACCGGAAAAAUCGACCAACUAUUGGCGAAGCGUCCCCCGAAGAAGUCAAAGGGAGCUUCUCGUCACGAGCCACUGGUAGGGGAUGGCGAUAAUCAUUCCCAGGGAUCGAAUAUAUUGCCGGAUCAACAACAAAUAAUGGAUGACUUUAUGUACAAGAAAAUAAUUGAACAAGAACUGAAAGCCGCGCGUCUCGUUCGGGAUGAGCGCCGCAGAAGAAUGCAAUCCUAUCCUAGUUUCUCACGUACCUUCGCUUCCCAAUCCACGACCAGCUACAGAUCCAUGUGGGACGUGGAUCCCAGCGAGGAGGAGAAUAUCCGGGAGGCUGAGCAGCGUUACUCGUCCAAGAGUCUCUAUAUCAUAUUGAAUGAACACAGGCAAAUGUUUCAGCUUAAGGAGCACAGCCGAAAGAUAGAUGAAUUGCGAAAAAAAGUAACUGACAGUGAUAAAAUGGCUAUGGGACAUUCCAUAAAAAAGAGAAAAAAAGAAAGGAAGAAACAGAUCCAGAGCAUAUAUGCUGUCAAGGAUUCUAUGAAGAAACACAGGCGACAGCUCCGGCCCACGGAGGAAUUGUUCUACUCCCCCAGGAAGACCAGCCGUCAGCAGAAAAUCAGUGAGUUUUCGGAGUGCUCGGAGUGCGUGUGCCAGCAAGGACCUGGAAGCUCCAAUUACUAUGAGAAGUGUCCACGUUGCGGUAUUCCAGUGGAGGUGCCGCAACCCAGUUCCACGUCCUUCCUGUUCCGGAAGAGCAGCCAGGAUCUCCUGUCCCAGGGAUCCAUCGAGGCGUGUGCCAAAAACGAGUGGCUGCUGAGCACCACGAAGGACAUCUGUGCCCGCUGCGGCUAUGUGCAUCCCAGUACCCAGUACUGCCCCCAGUUGCCGGUCUGUCCGCUGAGGACGAAGCCCCUGCAGCAAAUAAAACAGGCCUUGGUGGAUCAAGUGGAGAUGCCGAAGUGGCCAGCGUACUGUUCACCCGCUGGGAUCCUCAAGAAUCCCACCCAGCGCUUUCGGGUCGUUGAUCCUUAGACGGGAGCAGUUGUUGCAUCAAGACAAGUGGCUUUCAAAGUUUAGGGUGUAGCCUGGACCGGAAAUGUACGGAUAUGAGCCACCAAAUCAGCCGGCUGAGGCGAAUGAAACAUUUGGUUUAAGUGCUAAAUAAAUUCAAGUAAUGAG